AUGUUGCGGACAUCGUUGCGAUCCGUAAGGGCCGUGGGCAGCAAGCCCAUUGCUGCCGCCGCCGGCCGCCAAUGGCAUCCUGCCGUCGCGCGGUCCGCCGCCCUUCUUCCUGCUAGGAGGUUCUACGCAGAUGACAAGAAGCCCUCGAUAAACGACCCGACGCCGCCCAAGCUCCCGGCCGCCGAGACCAACACGGCAGCCGCCAGCGAGGCCCCCGUCCUGAAGCUCGAGUCCGACAUCAAGGCCUCGUCCGUCGAUGCAAAGGACGUCCCUCUCACCCCGCCAGCUCCCGAGGCCCCCGUCGUCUCUGACCCCAUCUCGCCAGCCACGCCUGUGCCGCCGCCGAGCGCACCCACACCCGUGAAGAAGAAGGGCUUCCUGCGCCGUCUCCGCAACUACAUCCUCACCCUCGCCAUCUUGGGCGGUCUCGCCUUCGGCGGUGGCGUCUGGUACUCGCGCAUCAACGACAACUUCCACGACUUCUUUGCCGAGUACAUCCCCUUCGGCGAGCAGGCUGUGCUCUUCUUCGAGGAGCGCGACCUCAAGAGGCGCUUCCCUCGCAGCAUCGGCGCCGGCUCGCUCCACGCCAAGGAGGCCGGCACCCAGGUCAAGAUCGGCCCCCAGAGUGGUGCAUCAUGGAGGGUGGCAGACAGCGGCGAGCCCGCUCCCCGCAUGUCGAGUGCCAUGCGCGACGUCGCCGCAGGCAAGAGCGAUGGCCCCAAGAAGGAAGCCCCGGCGCCCAAGCCCCAGCCGCCUGCCGAGGAGCCAAAGCAGAGCAUCACCCCGGCUGCCACCUCUGCUGUCGACGCCAACACCGAGGCCCCCAAGAAGAAGUCCUCCAAGCAGGACAAGCCCGCGUUCAAGGCCCCCGAGGUCGACGAGCCAUCCCGCUUCCCCCCUGCUUCGCCGAUUGACCCUCUGAAGGUCAAGGAUGCCGAGGAGCCCGUGGUCCAGGACCUUGUCAAGAUGUUGAACGACAUCAUCACCGUGGUCAACGCCGACAACGCCGACGACCGCUUCUCGGCCACCAUUGGCAAAGCCAAGAACGAGCUCAACAAGGUCGGCUCCAAGGUCAAGGAACUGAAGGCCCAGGUCGAGAAGGAUGCAGCUUCCAAGCUUGCCACCAAGGUCAACGAGUUCGAAUCUGCCGCCAACGAGUUGGUCUCGCGCGUCGAGAAGGCCAUGGCUGCUCAGGAGGCUAACUGGCAGGCUGAUUUCGAGGCCGAGAUGAAGCGCAUCCACGACAUCUACAACAAGCGCACCGCUACCGAGUUGGAGCGCGAGAAACUGGUCAAUGAGCAGAAGCUCGAGAACAAGCUUCUCGAGCAGGCCAUCGAGCUGAAGCGCCAGUUUGCGAAGCAGGUCAAGGACACGGUCGAGUCGGAACGUAGCGGACGCCUCGGCAAGCUUGAGCAGCUGAGCUCGGCGGUCAAGGAUCUCGAGCAGCUGACCACGGGCUGGAACGAUGUUGUCGACAUGAACCUCCAGACCCAGCAGCUCCACGUCGCUGUGGAGGCAGUACGCGCAAGCCUCAGCGACGAGGAGCACCCUCGUCCCUUCGUUCGCGAGCUGGUGGCUCUCCGGGAGAUCGCAUCCAACGACCAGGUCGUCAACGCCGCCAUCUCGUCGAUCAACCCUGCCGCCUACCAGCGUGGCAUCAGCACCCCCUCGCAACUGAUUGACCGUUUCCGCCGCGUGGCGUCCGAGGUGCGCAAGGCGAGCCUGCUACCCGACGACGCCGGUGUGGCCAGCCACGCCAGCAGCUGGGUGUUGAGCAAGGUCAUGUUCAAGAAGGAGGGGCUGGCUGCCGGUGACGACGUCGAGAGCAUUCUUACGAGGACGCAGACCUAUCUCGAGGAGGGUGACCUGGACCGAGCCACUCGCGAGUUGAACGGACUUAACGGAUGGGCCAAGACUCUCAGCCGGGACUGGUUGGCUGAGGCGAGAAAGGUGUUGGAGGUGCAACAGGCGCUUGAGGUCAUCUCAACCGAAGCUAGACUACAGAGCCUAAAGGUGGAGCAAUAA